GCUUAUUACGGAGGGACUUCCUGUUUCCCUCUCAGACGCAAUCUGGAGGAAGACUUGAAUGGUCCUGUGUUUCUUUCUCUGAGUCUCAACCUUUAUUUUACAGCUUCACGUCUGCCUGCUGACUUCGGCUCUCCUGAACCAAAUUACUGUUUUGGUAAAGAUUACCUUCUAAUAAAGUUCUUGAUCUUAAUCAUGGAUGAUUUUGUUUGUGACAAACUAAAUCAGUGGGGUCUAAGUGAGUGGAUAGAAAGAUUUACGGAACAACGCAUUGACAAGGAAAGUCUUUAUUGUCUUGAAGAUCGAGACAUUGAUUGUUUAAUCCCAUUAUUAGGACCAAGAGCAAAAUUCAAGAAGAACUUAAACCUAUUGAAGCAGGAAGAACAAAACACAAAUGCAGGCAAUGAGGAUUUUUCUGAUCAGCUGCAGCAUCAUGAAGAAGUCAUUGAGGCUGGACCAUCUACACGUAAUAAUGGAAAUAGAAAGCAGGAUUAUCGUGGAGAGACCAAUGAAGGUCAACCACCAGCUAAGCGGCGAUGUGAAGCAUCAGAAGUAAUGAUACUCUCUGAAGUUAAGGCAAUAAUGAGAAGUGUCUACAUAAGUCUGCACAACCCAGACAACACAAAGCUCAAUGCUUUCCUGAAGACUAGAAUCAUGGAUUUGGAGACAGAUAAGAGGGAGCUGGUUGGUGUCUUUGGCAGAACUGGAGCAGGAAAGAGUUCUUUGAUAAAUGCUGUCAUUGGGGAGAAGAAACUUUUGCCCACUGGAGGUGUCUGUGCAUGCACCUCAGUCAUGAUUAAAGUAGAGGCUAACAGGCACAACCACAAGUAUGAGGCGGACAUUGAGUUCAUUACAGCAGAGGAGUGGAAAGAUGAAUUGUGGUCAAUGAAUCAGCUCCGCAAGGAUAAUCCAGAUAGUGAAAUGGAGGGUGAUGAUGAUGAUGAUCAUCGUGACAUUGAUGACAAGCUGUCAGCCCUUUAUGGAGACGAGUGGAAAGAGAAAACACCUGAAAACCUCAUGGACAACAAAUACUUCAGAGAAAUUCCAGAAUUCUUCAAAUCCGGGAAGAAGACCUUGACAUGCGACUCAGCUCAAGAGCUAACAGCAAAAUUUGUCCAGUACACAAGAAAUGACACAAAACAAGGAGAAGGUAAAGAAGUAAAGAGGUGGUACUGGCCUCUGGUGAAGUGUGUGACUGUCAGGGUACCAAACAAUGAUCUUCUCCAGCACGUCACACUCGUUGACCUACCUGGAAAUGGGGACCGUAACAAGAGCAGAGAUGAAAUGUGGAAAGGGAUUGUUGGAAACUGUUCUACUGUGUGGAUUGUGGCUGGUAUUGUUCGUCCUGCUGCAGAAAAAGAAUCCUGGGAAAUCCUGAAAAAUGUCAGUAGUCUUAUUGGAAAUGGUGGCGAGUGUCAGCAAAUUCACUUCAUCUGCACCAAGUCUGAUAACACUGAAGAUCUGGAUGAUCAGUCAGCAGAUGCUGUUCGUGCCCACAUAUUCAAGAGAAACAUGAAAGCCAAGGAGGAAGUGUUAAAGGAAUUCAACAGGCUCCACACAGUUAAGAAACACUUUGGUGGCGACAGUUUCAAAGUGUUCACGGUGAGCUCCCAAGAGUUUCUGAAAAAAAAACAUCUAAAGCAACACGAAACUGAAAUACCUAAACUACAGGACUUUCUGAAAAAUCUCAAUGACUGUCACUCGGAGACAUUAAACUAUGUGUCUGGAGCUCAUGGGAUUCUCUCCUUGAUUCAAGGGGCCAGAUGUGGAGACGCUGACGGUCAAAAAACUGAUGUUUGUGAACAACUUCAAAACAAGAUAAAACGUCAACUUGGCCCAGUUCAAAAAGCAAUGAUUAAAGCUUACAGAGCUUUUGAAACGCGCCUCUGUGAAGGAGUGAAAACCUCAAAAAGUUCAUAUGAAAAAAGCUUGAAGUGCAUUAAUCCAAGAAAGACUGGCAGAGGAUUCCAUAGGACACUGAAGUGUGUGGUCAACAAUGGUGGCAUUUAUCAGCCCAAAAAAGGAAAACAAAUAAACCUGAACAUGGAGUUAGCGUCAUUCCUGACUGACAGUAUUGAUGAAGAAUUCAGGAGGACAUUCCCAAAUGAUAGAAAAGACGGGCCAUUCUUUGGUGUCAUCAAUAAAUUUUCAUUGGACACAGAGGGACUGAUUCAGGAGUACGAUGGUGUCAAACUGCAGCUCAUCUUUCUGAAGACAGAGGAAGAAAAAAUCAAGAAAAAGCUGAAAAGAGAAAUCCGCGACCGCAAGAAAAAGAUCUACAACAGUCUGACGGAGACCAUUGCAAACAAUAUGCAAGCCUGCUACAAGAGAGCAGCAGAAUUUAGAGGAAAAGGCUCGAUGCAAAACAUGAAGGACAUGAUUGGAAAACAUGUGUCUGAGUCUAAGGGCAUCAUGUUUGACCAGGCUAAGCAAGUUAUGUUGAAGAAACUUGAAGACUUGGUGGAGGACAUCUGGGAAACUCUGGAGAAAACAAUGAAGGAAUCAAUUGAGCUCUCACUGAAGACCAAUGACAACUCAAUCCCAGAUGUUUCAGACAAGCUUAUGGUGGUAGAGAAACACUACAAACAACUAGGAGGCAUCUCAGAGGAGGAAAUGUAAUGAAAUGGAUGCACUGAAUCCACGAUGAGGACAAGUUCAAGGACCUGACAUUUUGUAGACAAAUGUUUGCUAAAUGUUCUGUUCUCAGUUAUUUUAUCUUUAUCUUUAUUUCUACACACACACAAACACACACAUGCACACACACACACACACACACACACACACACACACACACAUAUAUAUGUGUGUGUGUGUGUGUGUGUACACAUUAUACUUUGACUUUAGAGAGAUGUCCAUGUUUUUCUCUGUUGUUGUAGCAGAUUAUUGCCUUUUAAAUAGAUGCAAAAAUGUAAAAUAAUAAUGUAAUGAGAGGUGCUGGUUGGAUCCAAACUAAGAUUGUUUGUAGUUUCAUCAUACAGGUUACAAGGCCAGAAUCAGGGCCAGCUGAAUCAAUUUUACUUCCAUUUUAGUUUAAUGUGGCUUUGCAGGAAAUGAAUUAUUUUAAUAAGUUUGUUUACUUCUUGAGUUUGUGUGGUUCCUGUCUGUGAUGAUUAUACUCAUUAAAAAAAGUGUUCAGAUUUCA